AGGGAGCGUCCUUUAUCACCGGCUUGAAAGCAAGCUUAAGGUGCUCACAUCGUAGGUCUGGGUACGGGAAUCCUCCUGUAGGAAAAAACCAGUCCUUUUCACACGACGCAGCAGAUUUUGAUAGCUCACCGGAAACGAACUCCACCUCCUUUAGACAACAUAAUUCCCAUUUAUAGAUUGUCAAAUUCAAAUUAGGGUUUUGUUGUAUUAUUUUUCCGUUGAUGGCGUCAUCCAGUUUAUCAUCAUACAGAGAUCGGACUACAGAAUUUCAUUCGUUAUCUGAAAGAUUGAAGAAGAUCGAAGGAGUAGGUAUAAUAAACGAUCCUGAAACAUCAAAAUCAUCAACACCUGUAGAUGUUUUAUCACAAUCCGAUUUCAAAAAGAAGGCUUCCAAAAUCGGUUUGGGGAUCUAUGAAGCAUCUCAGAAGAUCACUAGACUCGCUAAAUUGGCAAAAAGAUCGUCAAUGUUUGAUGACCCACUUGUGGAAAUUCAAGAACUUACAGCUUUAAUAAAGAACGACAUUACGAUGCUGAAUAUGGCAGUUUCAGAUUUACAAACCCUUCAAAACUUAGAAAUAUCAGAUGGAAACUGUUCAAAGGAUAGAGUUGUUCAUGCAACUACUAUAUGUGAUGACCUAAAGAACAGGCUUAUGGGAACUACAAAACAGUUUCAGGAAGUUUUAACUGCAAGGACAGAGAAUCUUAAGGCUCAUGAAAAUAGGAAACAGAUCUUCUCCACAAAUACAACUAGAGAGAAUCCAUUUCUUACUCAACCAAAGCCCAUCACUGAACCACCUCCUUGGUCUAAUAAUUCUGAUGCAUCCGCCGCAUUGCAACCACCAGCAAUACCCUCGAAUGGAGCUCAGGGUGGCAACCAACUGAGACGGCGAUUAGCUGUGGAUAACCCAACCCCGCAGAUGGAAGCGGCUAUGUUGCAGCAGGUUGUUCCGAGGCAGGAAAACUACUCUCAAAGCCGAACAGUUGCUCUUCAGAACGUGGAAUCCACUAUUACCGAACUAAGUGGGAUUUUUGCACAGUUGGCCACAAUGGUUGCACAUCAAGGAGAACUGGCUAUCAGGAUUGAUGAUAACCUGGACGAUUCGUUAGCAAAUGUUGACAAUGCACGCAGUGCUCUUCUGAAGCAUUUGAAUAAAAUAUCUUCAAACAGGUGGCUUCUAAUCAAGAUAUUUGCCGUUCUGAUCUUUUUCCUGAUUAUAUUUGUGUUCUUUGUGGUUUAGUGUAUUCGUUCAGAUUUGAGAAUGAGCAAAUUGUCGCACACAUAAUUCGGCUCUCUAUUUCAUAUGACCUGAGCUUUAUGCAACGUUGUGCCAAAAAUUAGGUUAUUUUGUUAUGAACAGUUCAUAUCCCCCUUGUUAUGUAAAUCCGUUCUACCACACCAUUUAUUGUAUUUGUUUUGAGGUUAUCAAAUCCUUAGGGUGACGGGUAGCCUCUUAGUAGAUUUAUACAUUGCUGAGAUUAUGUAAAAUUGUCCAUCAGUGACUCGGUGUCAUUUUCUUUUGUUUUGUUUGUAAGAAUUAAUGGAGCAUCUCAAGUCAUCCUUAAUAUAUGUGAUGUGAUUUUAUUUGAUGCCAA